AUGAAUAUCAAAAAAUAAGAUCUAGUACAGGAUCUUAUUAAAGAAACACAGCUUCUUAAAGCGAAAUUACAAAUAGCGGAAUAGAACAUUUCAAAUUUGAAACAAGUUUUGCAACUUUAAAGUAGAAAUAAUUCUAAAUCACCUAUUCAUUAACAAAAAACUAAUCAAUUAAAUAAUUACUUCUCUCAAUAAUCGACCAUUACCACUGUAUCAAAUGAGAACCUUCUUGAUACUAAAUCUAUUCAAUUAGUCAAAUAAUUAUAUAAUCAAAUUGAUUAACUGAAAUUUGAGAAUGUGUAAUAAAAAAAUAGAAUUGAAACAUAAAACAAAACUAUAAAACAAUAAAAUUAGGAUCAUCUAAAAUUAAAAGAAUUGUAUGAAGAAUAAACACAACUCAUUAUUAAACUAAGUAAUAUGAAUUAAUAGUUACUUGAUGAAAUCAACAUUCAUAAGGAGUAAUAUAAAUAAUAACAGAAUAUGAUUGAACAAUUAAAUGAUCAACUAAAAGUUUAGUAAAUCACAUUAAAUUAUCAUGAAGUUUCAUUUCAAGAACGACAUACUUUGUCUUAACUCCAAGCCAUCCCAGAAGAAUAAUAAAAAGAACCACAAUCAAGAUAUGAAAGUGUCAAAUUACCUAUGGAAAAUAUAUUGGCCUCAACAACUUUUCAAAAUAAAACUGAUUAAGAAAUACAAUGUCUAAUAGAUGAGGAAUUGCCAUAUACUAAAAACAAUAUAUUAGAUUUAUUAAGUAAGGCCGAAUAGGAAAUAAAUCAAUUACUUUAACUUUGAUUAUAACUUUAUAUAGUAUUAACAUAAUAUCAUUAAUUUUCAAUUGU